UGUAUCUAGGGGAUAACUUUCUAACAGGCGAGUUGCCUCCCAGCAUGUCCAAUCUUUCCAAACUAGUUGAGUUAGAUUUAUCUUCCAAUAUGCUUUCAGGUGAGUUAGUACCACAACUCAUUGCCAACUGGACACAAUUAACUUCCUUGUUUCUAGAUAGCAGUAAUCUCACUGGAAGGAUUCCCUCUGAAAUUAGUUUAUUGACACAACUUCAAUAUCUUUCCCUGAGUAGUAACCAGCUUUCAGGUUGCAUUCCCUCAAACAUUGGGGAUCUAAAAAAGUUGUCUAAACUUGGCCUUCAGAAAAACCACCUCUCUGGUUUAAUUCCUUCAACAAUUGGAAAUUUGACUCAGCUCUCACACUUAAACCUUUCAGAAAACAAUCUUAGUGAAUCAAUACCAUGGGAAAUAGGAUAUUUGACAUCACUAUCUAUUUUUUCCAUAAAUUCCAACUUGCUUCAUGGACCCCAGACCUUAUUAGUCAUUUGCAAUCUCACAUCUCUUGGACUACUUUCUCUAGCAAAUAACAAACUGAAUGGGCCUAUUCCAGAAUGCUUGGGAAACAUCAGGAGUCUAAGAAUAUUGAGUCUCUAUGAGAGUCAGAUUCAUGGAGAUAUUCCAGAAUCACUAUGCAAUGCAAGCCAAUUUCAAUUUCUUACCUUGGGAAGCAAUUACAUUAGUGGCUCAAUUCCAAAGUGUUUGGGAAAUUUUAGUAAUGAACUCUCAUUAUUGGAUCUUGAGCAAAAUAACUUAAAUGGUCCUAUGCACAAAGAGUUCUGUAGUAGUUCAACUCCUUUCAAAUUCCUUGGCUUAUCUGAUAAUUCUUUGAGCGGUGUUAUUCCUCCAUGUUUGGGAAAUCUAAGCACAACAUUGUCUCUACUUGAUUUAAGCAUGAAUCACUUUCAUGGAACCAUUCCAGCAGACAUUACAAGGGGUAAUGUUCUUCAAGCUCUCAUCUUGGAUCAUAACCAAUUUGAAGGACCUUUGUCUCGUACUCUCAUCAACUCUACAGCUCUCCAAGUCAUUGACGUUGGAAACAACAAGUUAAAUGACUCUUUCCCACACUGGUUAGAUGCUCUUCCACAAUUGAUAGUGCUCAUCUUAAGAUCAAAUCAUUUUCGUGGAGUGAUUGGAAAUCCUACCACCAAGCUUCCCUUCCCUAGGUUGCAAGUUUUUGAUCUCUCCAACAAUUAUUUCACUGGACCUCUUCCUACAUGUUAUUUGCUGCAUUUUACCGGGAUUAUAAAUAAUAUUAGUUCUGACUUACAAGUAACAUACAGAAAUAGCAUAUUCUAUUACCACCGGUAUAGCUCUGCAAUGCUAGUGGUGAAAGGGUCCGAGCAGUCCGUGGCACAAAUUCUAAAGCUUUACACGAGUAUCGACUUAUCAAGUAACAUGUUCCAUGGAGAGAUUCCUGUUUCAAUAGGAAACCACCUUUAUACUCUUCGGCUUCUUAAUCUGUCUCACAACAGCCUCACUGGCCAUAUACCUCCAUCACUCGAAGAUAUGACUUUGCUUGAGGCCCUAGACAUCUCCAACAACCAACUCACAGGGGAGAUUCCGUGGCAACUCUCAAACCUUGGAUUUCUCGGUGUUCUAAACCUCUCCUAUAAUCACUUAUCUGGAGCUAUACCCCGCAGUAGACACCUUGAUACAUUUGGCAACGACUCCUAUUUGGGGAACACAGCAUUGUGCGGGUUCCCGUUGACACUAGAAUGUGAAGCUAAAAACCCACCUAUGCACUCAAAAGAAGAGGAGGAGGAAGAGGAUUCAGGUUUUUUUAAUGGAUUUUCGUGGCAGAGCGUGACGAUAGGGUACUGCUGUGCAUUUCCAUUUGGAGUUUGUGUGGGAUAUUUUGGUCUGCGAUGUGGAAAACUCAACUGGUUGCUAAGGAAACUCACAUGGGAGAGAAGAAAGGGUUCCAAAAAUACUGUUCCAAGAAGACAUGCCAGAAGAACAAAUUAAAUUAAAUUUGCAAAGGCGGGCAGAUUAAAAGGGCAGCGCACGCACCUUUACACCCGCCCACACUUCUCAAUUGCUUCGAUCUAUUGAUUGGUCAUGGGAACCUUACUUGAUGGAGUACAGUACUACUUUUAAUUUGUAUAAUGUCUUUUCCCUAUUGUUUGUUGUGUUUUUUCCAGUAAUUAAUUUAGUAUACUCUGCAGAUUUGAAGAUAUUUUAAAACUAUUGUCAGAGUGUUUUUUUU